AUGGCUUCUUCCAUGGCUCUGAGGAAAUUGGCCUCUGGCUCUGCUUUUUCGCGGCUGGCGAGAAACCAGGCCAGGGCCUUUUCGACGACACGACCCGUCGCACGAGUUAUCUCGAACGGCCCGCUGAGGGCAAAGGAGGCCUCGCCUUUCGUGAGCAACAAGUACCCCGUCAUUGACCACGAGUACGAUGCACUCGUCGUCGGUGCCGGUGGCUCCGGUCUGCGGGCCGCCUUUGGUCUUGCCGAGGCAGGCUUCAACACCGCCUGUAUCUCCAAGCUCUUCCCUACCCGAAGCCACACAGUCGCCGCGCAGGGUGGCAUCAACGCUGCCCUUGGCAACAUGCACGAGGAUGACUGGAGAUGGCACAUGUACGACACUGUCAAGGGCUCCGACUGGCUUGGCGACCAGGACGCCAUUCACUACAUGACCCGCGAGGCCCCUGCGUCCAUUAUCGAGCUUGAGCACUACGGCUGCCCUUUCUCGCGAACCGAGGAAGGCAAGAUCUACCAGCGUGCUUUCGGUGGUCAGUCCCAAAAGUACGGCAAGGGUGGUCAGGCCUACCGAUGCUGCGCUGCCGCCGAUCGAACCGGCCACGCUCUCCUUCACACGCUCUACGGCCAGUCGCUCCGACACAACACCAACUACUUCAUCGAAUACUUUGCCCUGGACCUGAUCAUGCAAGACGGUGAGUGCCGAGGUGUCCUCGCCUACAACCAGGAGGACGGCACUCUCCACCGAUUCCUCGCCAACCACACCGUCUUGGCCACUGGCGGCUAUGGCCGUGCCUACUUCAGCUGCACGUCCGCCCACACCUGCACUGGUGACGGUAUGGCCAUGGUUGCCCGUGCUGGUCUCCCCAACCAGGAUCUUGAGUUCGUCCAGUUCCACCCCACUGGUAUCUACGGAGCCGGCUGCCUGAUCACUGAGGGUGCACGUGGUGAGGGUGGCUAUCUGCUGAACUCGGAGGGUGAGCGCUUCAUGGAGCGUUAUGCCCCGACUGCCAAGGAUCUGGCCUCCCGAGAUGUCGUUUCCCGUUCCAUGACCAUGGAGAUCCGCGAUGGACGUGGUGUCGGUGCUGAGAAGGACCACAUCUUCCUGCAGCUGAGCCACCUGCCUGCUGAGAUCCUCGCUGAGCGCCUGCCCGGUAUCUCAGAGACCGCUGGCAUUUUCGCCGGUGUCGAUGUCCGAAAGCAGCCCAUCCCCGUUCUCCCUACCGUCCACUACAACAUGGGUGGCAUUCCCACUCGCUACACUGGCGAGGUUAUCACUGUCGAUGAGAAGGGCAAUGACAAGGUUGUGCCUGGCCUGUUCGCCUGCGGUGAAGCCGCUUGUGUCUCUGUUCACGGUGCUAACCGCCUGGGCGCCAACUCUCUCCUGGACCUGGUCGUCUUCGGCCGCGCCGUCUCCCACACCAUCCGCGACAACUUCACUCCUGGCACCAAGCUGAAGCCCCUCGCUGCUGACGCCGGCGCUGAGCACAUUGAGGUUCUGGACAAGGUCCGCACUUCGGAGGGUCCCAAGAGCACGGCUGAGAUCCGCCUGGCCAUGCAGAAGGCCAUGCAGACGGAUGUCAGCGUCUUCCGUACCCAGGAGAGCUUGGACGAGGGUGUCCGCAAGAUGGUCGACAUCGAUGCCCAGUUCCACGAUGUCGGUAUCAAGGACCGCAGCAUGAUCUGGAACUCGGACCUGGUUGAGACGCUCGAGCUCCGCAACCUGUUGACUUGCGCCGUUCAAACCGCCACUGCCGCCGCCGCCCGCAAGGAGUCUCGUGGUGCGCACGCCCGCGAGGACUUCCCUGACCGUGACGACGAGAACUGGAUGAAGCACACGCUCAGCUUCCAGAAGAAGCCGCACGAGAAGGUGGACCUGUCUUACCGCAAGGUCAUCGCCACCACUCUGGACGAGAACGAGUGCAAGCCGGUGCCCCCCUUCAAGCGUGUAUACUAA